AUGCGUUUCUCGCAGGAUCUUAUGCGGAUCUUGGCGGCGACUCUGCCUUUGACUGUUUCGGCUCGUAGUACUUUAACAGCUGCUGGGCCUCCGAGCCCCACUGUCUCGACUAUCACCUCAACUGUCGUGUCCUGCACAACGACAACUCCGACGAACUUGAUCCUGAAUCCCUCAUUCGAAGAUGGGAGCGACGGUUGGAAUAGCUAUGGAACCAUUGUCAGUGGCCCCGCAGAGGCUGCUGACGGUAGUCACUAUUUGACUACCCUCAAAAAGGACGCAGCGAACUUUCAAGGGGGUGGAAGUGUUGUUCAAUGGAUCGAUGGCUAUAUAUCUGGGCAAAUCUACACUCUCACAUUUGACUGGCGUGUGAUUGCUAGUGAUACGAAUUUUGAGUGCGCUCUAUCAGUGACCUCAGAUACCAAUACAGCAUUAGGCUUUGUAACGAUACACGAAGCUAAUUCGUGGAAUGAAUUCUCGGCCACUUUUACACCCACCAAAGACGGGUAUCACGAGCUCGUGAUACAGAUGAACUGUCGCAAUUCAGCUACCGUUACUGCGUUGGAUCUUGAUAAUUUCAAUAUGCACGGAAUCUCUGCUUCAUGUGCUACAAGCACUGUUACUAGUACAGUGACACCGACUCCUUCAAUCCCUAUCGUUCCCUCGGCUGCGGUGUCCUGUACAACGGUAGUCCCGACGAACCUGGUCCCGAACCCCUCAUUCGAAAAUGGAAUCAGUGGCUUCUGGUCUACUAGAAAUGCAAAUGCCUAUUCCAACUGGGCGAGCGGUGAUGCUGCAGAUGGUGACCAUUACUUACAAGUCGAAACUUCAUCCGGAAUUACCUUGGCUCAAUACAUCACUUUUAUCGAUGGAGAAGAAUAUACGUUCGUGGCAGACUGGCGUGCAGAGAGUACCACUACAGAUGGCUGCGUCCUAAGUGUCAUUUUGGACACAGACAGCAACGUAGUUGUUUCUUCAUCGGCCCGACUUCUAGGCACAGCUUGGAAUUCUGUUUCAGGCACAUUCAAACCAUCAGGUGGACAGCACUUAGUCCAAGUUGAGCUCUAUUGCUCUAUCAGCGGCUCUAGUAGUGGCUAUUUUAACAUUGAUCUUGAUAACAUUGUCAUUGGAAUUGCGACCACCUCAUGUAUUCCUUCUGUCACUCCUGUUAUCACUCCGUCUAUUACUCCAUCUGUCACUCCGUCUAUGCGCCCUUCGUCCUCUUCGGUUGCAGCUUCUAGCUCGGUGUCUUCGUCCCCGAUCAUCUCUGCCAGCGCUUCUUCGCCUCCUUCAAGCGUUGCUGCCCCAACAAACUCGGUCAUUACCUCAACUGUUGUAUCUUGUACAACGGGAGCUCCGGUAAAUCUGAUUCAGGACUCUUCAUUUGAGGAUGGAUGGUACGACUUCACCAUCACGGAGCCCACAGUAGCAGAAGUAUAUGUUGAUAGGGGAGGCGCCAGUGAUGGCACAUGGUACAUGCGCGUCAAAUCUAACGGCGGUGGCGGUGUGACGAUGUAUCAAUCCAUCGAUGGCAUCAAGGCUGGUGAAACAUUCACCUUCUCAAUGGAUUGGAAAAUUUCAGAUGAAGGUUUCGAUAGCUGUACAUUGAAGCUAUACUUGGACAGCUGGCAAACCCAAGUUUUCCAAAAUUCAUAUGCCGGUUCACCUCACAUUUGGCAUACUGUUUCGACUACUAUUUCUCCUGACUCUUCAGAUGGAGGCCAACUGCUUGGAAUCUCCCUCUCUUGCGAUCCUAUCUCAGGAGAUAGCCCUUACUUCCUCGGAUUUGAUAAUUUCAAUUUUAACAACGGAAUUCCUACUACGACCUGUGCUACUAGUACUAUUAUUAGUACAGUGACUCCUACCGCCACUCCAUCUGUCAUUCCGUCUGUGCACUCUUCAUCCUCUUCGGUUGCAGCUUCUAGCCCUGCCUCUUCAUCUCCAAUCAGAUCUGCUAGCUCUUCUGCACCUCCUUCAAACAUUGCUACUCCGACAAACUCAAUCAUCACUUCAACGGUUGUAUCAUGCACGACAGCAGUCCCAAAUCUGCUCCAGAAUCCUUCAUUUGAAAGUGGCUUUAGCACAUGGAGAGGCUCAUAUAAUCGAAUUAUCAGCGGGGAUGCUACCGAUGGUAGUUACUAUGUGCAAUUCCCGGACAUUCCAGAUAGACCUUGGUUGUAUCAAUCCAGUGAUGCUUACAUCUCUGGAGAAACUUACACUGUUUCAUUCAAUUGGCGCGCAGUUACGAGUGGGGAGGUGUCGAGUAGAGACCCUCCUGAUGUGUGCACUCUUGCAGUGUAUCUAGAUUCCUGGAUAGGUACAUCCCAGCUUACCCAGCUGACUGUAGAAGUCCUCGAUACUUGGAAUAUUCUCUCGACUACUUUCACACCGACUACAGAUGGAUCGCACUGGGUCGGGACGCAGGUCAUUUGCUCUGAGUACAACAUUCCUGGGGGCGUUUAUGACAUUGAUUUUGAUAAUUUCAAUAUCAACAACGGAGUCGCUACUACUUCCUGUGUGACUAGUAUUGUGACAGUGACCCCGACUCCUAGUGUCAAGACCGGGCUACCAUCUUCUACUUCUGGGUCUGAAUCUUUUCCAUCUCCCUCUCAGUCCCCCUCUGGCUCCAACGGCUCUGGUAGCGUGACAGCAAUUUCUGGAACGCAAGUCACUGGAUCCGGAUCUUCGACUCCUCAGUCUACCACGUCAACUGUCCUUGCUACGCGCACUGCUACUAUCACAGCCUGCCCGUCAUCAGUGACUGACUGUCCUGCCUCCCAGAAGACAACUUUUACUACUACUGAGACCAUUGUGCUUUCAACAACUGUCUGCCCUGUAACUGAAUCCACUCCUACGACUUCUGCUUCACUCUCUAGCGGCAGUGGUAGUGGCAGCGGCUCCGGUGAUGAAGGAUUUUCAACCUCCACGCUCUUCAGCACGCGCAUGUCUACGAUCACCGCUUGUCCUGCUAGUAUCACCAAUUGUCCAGCUUCGGCAAAGACCACGUUCGUCACUACGGAGACUGUUGUCGUCUCGACUACUGUUUGCCCAGUGACUACUGCCAAGGCUACUGCUACGACUAGCUCUGGCUCUGCCCCUAGCUCUGGCUCUGGCUCUGGCUCCGGAGAUGAGGCAUUUACAACCUCUACAGUCUUCGCAACUCGCACUUCUACUGUCACUGCUUGCCCUUCGACCGUGACUAACUGCCCAGCCUCAGCAAAGAGCACCUUUGUCACAACCGAAACUAUUGCGCUCUCGACUACCAUUUGUCCAGUGACUACUGUCGGAGCCACUGCCGCCGCAGGUUCCAGGGUCAUUUCAGGGGUAUUAGUAGAUACAAGUGCGACCAAUGCUAUUGGUGUUGUUGCUCCCACAUCCAGUGCUGGCAGCGAAGUCUCAAGCGACGAAAGUUACAGCGUGGCAUAUGGCCAGGCCACUGCUACCACUAUAGUACUGGGUAGCGUACCCUCUUUAGUAGCUACGGAAUCCGCAUCUUUCUCUAGUCUUGCAGGCUCUGCCAACGUGACCGCCAUCCACGGCCCUUACAGCUCAGCCUUUAAUGGUUCAACCUCCAGCAAGACCCCUACUACCAGUGUCGUGGGACCAUUGUACACUGGUGCAGCAUCCGUGAUCAAGCUUUCGAUAUCCUCUAUGACUGCCGCUUUGACCACCAUUCUCAUGACUCUGGUUGUUCUGUGA